UGAAUACUCUGUGUUAAUACAGUAAGCUUAGCUUUGGUGCGCGACCGACACAGUCAUGGGCGACAACCGACCUGUGAAGACCGGAGAAGAAAGCCUUCCCUUGGUCCAUCACAGCCCAAAGACAAUCGGCAGAUCGUCUUCGUCCACAGAAGAUGGAAGCGCAAUGGAUGAACUCAAAGUCGUGACGCGACUCAUUGUACCAGUGGUAUUCACACUGUUGAACGAAUAUCUUCCAGCCGUCACAAACAUCAUCUUGGUGGGGCACUUGAACUCACCCGAGACCAAGGAGCACGUGGCUGCCACUGCGAUCUCGUCCAUGUUGUUCAACAUCACUUCCAUGUCAGUGGGUCUUGGACUUGCCACUGCCAUGGACACAUUAUGCACGCAAGCUCUUGGCGCCGGCAAUGCAAAAAAGUUUGGGGCGUACCUCCAAGGCGGCAUGUUGGCGAUGGCGCUGGUGCUUGUGCCUGUGUUUGUGGUCAACUGGUACUCGGGCUGGAUAUUGAAGAGCCUCCACCAGGACGCUACGAUCUCGGCCAUGGCCGGGACAUUCACGCGCUACUCGACCGUUGGGUUGCCGUUCCUGUGCUUGUACGAACUCGUCAAGCGGCUUCUCCAAGCGCACCACAUCACGUGGCCCACGGCCGUCGUGGCUGUGUUGGGCAAUGUCAUCCACGUCGGCGUGGGGUACUACCUUGUCAACUUUACGAGCUACGGGUUCUACGGCGCGGCCAUCGGACGCAGCGUCGCAUAUGUGUGUCUGCCGUUCCUGCUGUUGCCGUAUUUUUGGUGGCAUCCCAUCCACCUCGACUGGAACAUAGUCGGCCAAUGGUCUCUCCGUGACGCAUGGGCGUCACUGCCGGCCUUUCUCGAGUUUGGCGUGCCAGGCAUGGUGGCCAUGGUCGUAGAAUGGGGCGCGUUUGAGAUCCUCACGUUGUUUUCGGGGCUGAUGCCUGACCACACUGUCGUGCUGGGGGUCAAUUCGAUCAUCAUGACCAUCAUUUCGGUCGUGUACAUGCUUUUCUGGGGCGUGUCGACCGCCGCAUGCAUUCGCAUUGGGUUCUUCUUGGGAGCGAACCAGCCAGCAAAAGCCAAACAGGUGACGCUGCUGUGCUACGCCAUCACAUUCGGAUGCUGCCUCUGCACCGCACUAUUCCUCGUGCUUACGCGCAAUGUGCUGCCGCAGUUGUUCGUCGAGGAUGUCGAUGUUGUCCAGCGCACGGCGAUGGCGGUUUUGUUUGUCAUUCCCUGCCACAUGAUCGACUCCAUGAACUGCGUCACCACGGGUGUGCUCCGAGCCAUGGGCAAACAACAUGUUGGCGUUGUGGUGCUCACUAGCGCGUACUACGUGGUCGGAGUGCCUGCCGCUGCGCUCUGCGGCCUCUACUUUGGCUGGAGUGUCGAAGGGCUGUGGGUGGGUUUCACAUUGGGGACCACUGUAGCGUGCUUCACGUAUGCCCUGCAACUGCGAACCAUCAACUGGACCCAGCUAGCUCAGGACGCCGCCGCUCGAUCUACCGAGUAACUUCACAGUAAAUGCAGAUUGAAAUGGAUGACCAAGUCGUCUUAUGCGUACAAUCCGGAUAAAGAAAGCAAUGGGAUUGGCCGAUUCACGU